AUGGCAUCAACAGAAAAAAUUAAUAGAACUCGUAAAAUGCUUCAACAAUAUCUUGAGGGUGAUGCAACCUUCGAGAAUUUUAUUGCGAAAGAUAUGAUAUUAACGGAUUCAGCUGAUGGUAAAGUUAGUAUUGAAAUUCCUAUUCAAGAAUAUCAUCUGAAUGCCUCCAAGUCAAUUCAUGGAGGAAUGAUUGCAUCAUUGGUCGAUUUUUGUGGUGCGCUAGUUACUGCAUCUAAAGGAGUGCGUCUUACAACUCUUAGUACGGAUAUAAAUGUUUCAUAUGUCACAUCAGCGAGAUACGGUGAUACUAUACUCGUGAAUGCAGAGUGUGUAAACCUUGAUAAAAAAUUUGCAUUUACCACUGUAGAGGUGCACAGUAAAGCUGAUGGAAGGUUAAUAGCUCAAGGCAGACACACUUUAUUAGUUACUAGUACACAUAAUGACCAAUUUAAAAAUGAAGACGCAAAGUUGUAA